CAGCCGAUAAAGCGUGCGAUUUGCCCAACCGUCUAUAAGAGAAACACCCACGACAAAAUGGAAUGUAGCAAUAUUCAUUAUGCUGGAGAAGUUUCAUCAUUAAUUUUUCCCCACCAGGGUUCUCAAUUUUGCCUGCCAUGGAUCCCUGGAUUCACAGGUUCAGGCAUCGCCUCCUCGCAUGGUUUCAUCGAUCUCGUUCUGUGCCAAUAUUAUACGUGAGGCGUUUUUCGUACACGGAAAUAAAAAGGGCAACUGGUGGGUUCAACAGAGUUGUCUACACCAAUCCUCAGUGUGCUGCUUAUAAUGCUAAAUUUCAAGAUGGCAGUGUUGCAUUGGUAAAAGAACUGAGAGCUUUGAAUGACGAUGUCUUCAAGACGGAAGUGCAGCUCCUUGGACGCUUGCACCAUCGUCAUUUACUUACAUUGAGAGGCUUCUCCACAGGGCAUAAGAGAUUGCUCGUGUUUGACGAGAUUGGCAAUGGAAGCUUGAGGGAUCAUCUUAAUGAUCCUCUCAGGACUCCCUUGAAUUGGAGGGCGAGGCUGCAAAUAGCCGCAGGAGUGGCUGCUGCCUUGGAAUACUUGCUUCUUUUCACCGACCCCCCAAUGUGUCAUGUCUCCAUUUCCUCAAACACUAUUAUGUUAGAUGAAAAUUUCACUGCAAAGAUAUCUGAUGUUGGCUUUCUCUGCUCCCCGGUAAGCAGCGGUGAUCAGGCAGAUGCAUCAAAGGCAGAUGAUUUCAUGGAUGAGAAAUGUGGAAACAUAAUUUACCAGCUGGGAAUCCUAAUCCUGGAGCUCAUAACGGGACAAUCAUCAGAUGGGACAAGCGGCGAUCUCAUCAAAUGGAUCCAAGGGACAAACUUUGCGAGAUCAAUGAACAAGAUGAUCGACCCUGAUCUGGGAAAUAGUUUUGACAACAAAGAGGUGAGAAAUCUUCUAUCAAUAGCAAAGCUGUGUGUAAAGUCCAGAGAAAAGCCAAGAUUCUCCAUUCCACAGAUUUUCCGGUAUCUGCAGAGUAAAGUAGAUGUUACUAGCACCUACUAGUAUUUUCUUCUUCAUUUUUUAUUUUAUUUUUUGUUCCUGUUUUGUUCACGACUUAUUUUCAUAUCCACGUAAAUUAAAUUAUUUUAUUAGGAAAAAAAAAAUCUAUUAUUCUGUUCCUUCUUC